AUGGCCAAGCGGCUCGCCGCCGCCGAGAAAGAGGUAGGGGCGUCGCGUGCCGCCAGCAGCCCCCGGACCGGGCAGGCCUCCUGUCCUCGUUUUGCUCACCCUUUUGGUCUGCGCCAGGUGCUCGUCGAGGUGGUGCGGUUCACGCAGAAGAACGGCCUGAGAGGCUGUGACGGCGGGUGGAAGGAUUUCCUGGCCCGGAACGACAGGAAGUUUGGCGCGUCGGUGAGCGACCCCAGGAAGCGCACCAGGGAUGUGCUGCUCGCCUUCCUGCAGACCUUCUCCAAGGAUUUCCAGAAGUACUUCGGUAAAUUGGUGAAGCGUCAUAAGGAAAGAAGUGCUGUUCAGCAAUAUAUGACUGAUUUCCCCGACGAAGUUUCUCCCGAGCAGAAACUUGUUCAGCUGACGGCAGAGCACCCGGAGUACAGAAAACACUAUUGCUUCCCGUCAUACCAGGAGGGGUGGAAAGUAUUGCGAAUAGGAGAAGUCUCUAGUUUAAUGAGCUCAAGUGCUAUGUUGGCAAUUGACUGUGAGAUGGUCCUUUGCAAUGAUGGCACAGAGGCUGUGGUCAGAGUAUGCGUUGUAGAUGACAAGCUCAAGGCUAAGCUGGACAUACUUGUAAACCCCUUGAAGACUAUAGCUGACUAUAGGACACACAUCACUGGUGUAUCAAAGAAGGAUUUAGAAGGUGUCACAUCAUCAUUAGUUGAUGUUCAGAAAUCGCUGAAGAGAAUGUUAUCCAAAGGAAAUAUUUUGAUUGGCCAUAGCUUACAUAGAGAUUUAUGCGCCUUAAAGAUUGAUUACUCUCAAGUUAUUGAUACAGCAUACAUAUUUAAGUAUGCAAAUUUACCUACUACUGCAUCACCUUCCUUAAACAGUUUGUGCAAGGCUACUUUGGGGUAUUCUGUUCGAGAAGAAGGAGAACCACAUAAUUGCUUAAAGGAUGCAGAAGCUGCGAUGAAUCUAGUUCUUGCAAAGCUUAAGAAUGGGUUUAAUGACCCCAUUGAAAUUGCUGCAAGUAGUGUAACUGAAUCUGAUGUGGCAAAGUUGCUUGCUCAUAGAAUUCCAGUGUACCUGCCUUGCCAAGAGCUGUGCAAAAUUUUCUCUGGGAACCCCAAUAUUGAUGACAAGAUUGAUUCGAGAAUACGAGGUGAAUUUUAUUCCACGUGUAUUUCAUUCAAUGACCUAGAUGAGGUAGAGAAGGCAUUUGAAGAGCUGGAUGGCCAAAAGACUAAGGACUCAGGUGGGAGACUUCAAAAGCAUGUACUGCUGAAGCGUGACAAUGGAGAUGUCGUGAGCUUCUAUGUUCGGAAGAUGGUAUAUGAUUCCUGGCCCAAACAGCUCGAAGUUCCAAAGAAGAGACCAGAGUCUGCUGAGGAUCCAGAGCCAAAGAAAGAGCAUGCCGAGGAAGUUCAGCAAAAAAAGAAGAGAAGUAACUUCGUGAGAGAUACUGAGGAUCCAGAGCCAAAGAGACCAGAGCCUACUAAGGAUCCAGAGCCAAAGAAAGAUCAUGCCGAGGGGGUUCAGCAAAAGAAGAAGAGAAGUAAAAAACACACAAACAAGGAAAAUGUGUCGGUGGUGGAAUGA